AUGGCGGAGAGGGCGCUCCCGCCGCCCGUGCCCGAGCAGGCCUCCUCCGCCGCCUUCGGCUCCCCGCUCCAGCCCGUCGCCGCGCCGCGCCAGCUCAGGGCGCCGCCGCACGACACCUACGUAGUCAAGGUCCAGAAGGACCAGAUAUACCGCGUGCCGCCGCCCGAGAACGCCUACCUCGCCGAGCGGUACCGUGCGGAGCGCGCCGGCGGCGGCAAGGGCGGCUGCUCCACGUGCUCGACGCCCCUCCUGCUGACGCUCGCCCUGGCGGCCGUGUCCACGCUGCUCCUGGGCGCCAGCGUCUGGCUCUCUGUCGUCGUGAUGCGGCCGGACCCGCCGAGCUUCUCCGUGGACAGGCUCUCCGUGCACAACGCGUCGGCGCAGCACCGCCUGGAGGUGGACUACGAGUUCUUCCUCACGGCGAUCAACCCCAACAAGGUGACGGCGCUGUGGUACAAGGACGGCGGCACGGCCAGGCUGCUGCACCAGGGCACGGCCCUGGCGAAGGCCGCGGACGUGGGGAGGCCAGAGGACGGCGGCGAGGACGCCAAGGACUUCAACGUGCUGCUGCGCGGCGGCGGCCACACGCCGCCCAAGGCGGUGGAGAAGGCGCUCAGGGGGGUCAAGAAGGAGGCCGUGGCGCUGGAGCUCGCCGUGGACGUCCCCGUGCAGGUGCACAUGGGCGCGCUCGGGUUCGCGGCCAAGAGGCUGGCCGUGGCCUGCGAGAUGAGAACGGCCGGGUUAGGGAAGCACGUGCACAUUUCGUCGCAGAAAUGCAGGAGCAGUUUCAGGAAGUGACCGGCGACGCCGGGCGCUUUGUACAUUGUGGGAUCGAGGGCCGAACGGGCAGGGCGACGUGUGAAGUGUGUGGAUGGUCGGAUCGUACGUCGCGUGCAAAUGUGUCUUGUGGCUCGUGCUUGGCUCUUGAGGCUCUUCGUGUGCAAAUAUGUGUAAAUUGUUACUACUCCAGAAUCUGGGACUUGUUGGACCUGGUGUGAUCAUGGAAGGAUGUUCACACGUGAUACAUGUUCCUCGAGGUGUACCAUCCACACUAAUGGCAUUGGGCAGCUGUACUGGUUUCCACA